UGUUUGUUGGUGAAGCGUUUUGACAUUUUUUUAGUUUUCUCCUACCUCUCCAUUUCCCUUGCCUCCAUAUUCUGCACAAUCUUCAGACGGUUUUGUUUGUUUCUAAAUAAAGUGUUUUGAAACUUUGGUCAAAGUCAGGAGAAUUCCUGGGAGGCAUAUCGAAUGUCUCGGUCUGUGCGGGCAGAAACGCGUAGCAGAGCUAAAGAUGACAUUAAGCGAGUUAUGCAAGUGGUGGACAAAGUCCGGCAUUGGGAAAAGAAGUGGGUUACCAUUGGAGACACGACAAUGAAAAUUUUCAAAUGGGUUCCAGUUUCGCAAAUUGAAAUGAAAAAGAAGGGCAAAGAUUCAAAGAUGAACAAAGAGAAUGACACAGCCAAGAAAGAUACAUCAUUCAUCAGUUUCAGUGGCGAGGAUUCAAACACAAGUUUUUCCCUGACAAGUGAAUCACAAGGGCCAUUAGACUUUGCAUCGACACAGCUGAUGGCCUCAGAAGAUUCGAAUUCUCUUUAUGAACCUGGAGUGAAAAGAUUAAAAACAGAAUGACCAAGUAUGUCUGCUUUAUUUUAUGCUAUAUUUUGAAAGUGUGUGCAAAAUUCUUCAAUUGAUAUUCUUAAUAAAUUGUUUUUUAAAUUACAAA